AUGCACCGCACCCUUGCGAGUUCGAUGGUGGGCCCACCCGGGCAAAAACUAGCAGCUUGGCUGUUGACCAAGAACGUCCCUUCAUUGUACAAUGCACCCGUAAGACUAUACAAUGUACCUGCUGCUUCUGAACCAUUCCUAAACGGAAGUUCCGGUCAGUAUGUGGAAGAUAUGUACAACGCUUGGCUAGUUGAUCCAUCUAGUGUCCAUGCGUCGUGGGAUUCCUUCUUUCGUAAUUCAUCGCAAGGCGGGGCCGGUUAUCAAGCGCCACCCUCCCUAGCACCGUUGGGCCCCAACGAAGUGUCCAUAUCCUCUCUUCUGCCUUCUCUAACGGGCGCAUCCGCUUUGGGUGCGGGUUCGGUUAGUGAAAAAGUCAUCGAUGAUCAUUUGGCUGUGCAGGCCAUUAUCAGGAGCUACCAGAUUCGAGGCCAUCACAUUGCCCUGUUGGACCCGUUAGGCAUUAACAGCGCCGAUUUGGACGACCAAACGCCGCAAGAAUUGGUAUACAAAAAUUACAAUUUCGAUCAUCCUUCGAGAACCUAUAGUGAGGAAUUGAAGCGCCAAGUUCUACAGUUGAUGCAAAAAGAGACCGAUAUGGAUAGAGUAUUUAAGCUACCGUCUACCACCUUCAUUGGCGGCAAGGAAAAAUCGUUGCCGCUGCGCGAGAUUUUACGCCGAUUGGAAUUGACCUAUUGUCGACACAUCGGCGUUGAAUUCAUGUUCAUCAACAGCUUGGACCAAUGCAAUUGGAUACGACAGCGACUCGAAACGCCGGGCGUCAUGGACCAAACGCCCGAACAGAAACGCCUGAUCUUGGCCCGUCUGACGCGCGCUCACGGCUUCGAAUCGUUCUUGGCUCGCAAAUAUUCGUCCGAGAAACGUUUCGGAUUGGAAGGUUGCGAAAUCCUGAUUCCCGCCAUGAAGACCGUCAUCGAUAAGAGCACCGAAUUGGGGGUGGAAAGUAUCGUAAUGGGCAUGCCUCACCGGGGACGGCUCAACGUGCUCGCUAACGUUUGUAGGAAACCGCUGCAUCAGCUGUUCACGCAAUUCGCCGGAUUAAAAGCCGCCGACGACGGAUCCGGUGAUGUUAAAUACCAUUUGGGUACUUACAUUGAGAGAUUGAACCGCGUAACAAACAAAAAUAUUAGAUUAGCGGUAGUAGCUAAUCCAUCUCACUUGGAAACCGUCGAUCCCGUAGCACAAGGAAAGACUAGAGCGGAACAAUUUUAUAGAGGAGACGGCGAAGGAAAGAAGGUCAUGUCUAUAUUAUUACACGGAGACGCGGCGUUCUCUGGACAAGGAGUCGUAUUCGAGACAAUGCACUUGUCUGAAUUGCCCGACUACACAACUCACGGUACAAUUCACAUCGUUGUCAACAAUCAAAUCGGUUUCACUACCGAUCCCAGAUUCUCCAGAUCAUCCCCUUACUGCACAGAUGUGGCUCGCGUCGUGAACGCCCCGAUAUUCCACGUGAACGCCGACGAUCCGGAGAGCGUGAUCCACGUUUGCAACAUCGCCGCCGAAUGGAGGGCCACCUUCCACAAGGACGUCGUCAUCGAUUUGGUGUGCUACCGCAGAAACGGCCACAACGAAAUCGACGAGCCCAUGUUCACGCAGCCGCUCAUGUACCGAAAAAUCAAGGCCACCAAGCCGUGCGUCGACAAAUACGCCGAGCAACUCAUCAACGAAGGCGUCGUUAAUAACGACGAGGUGAAAGAAGUGAUAGCGAAAUAUGAGAAAAUUUGCGACGAGGCUUUCGAAAGGGCGCGACAAGAGACCCACAUCAAGUACAAGGAUUGGAUCGACAGCCCUUGGUCGGGUUUCUUCGAAGGUAAAGACCCGUUGAAGGUUAGCCCGACUGGCGUUAUCGAAGACACGUUGGUGCACAUUGGCAAGCGAUUCUCUUCGCCGCCUCCUAACGCCGCUGAAUUUAUUAUACACAAAGGUUUGGAACGUAUUUUAAAAUCGAGGAUGGAAAUGGUAGAAAAUAGAAUAGCGGAUUGGGCUCUUGGCGAGGCUAUGGCAUUCGGUUCGUUGCUUAAAGAAGGUAUCCACGUAAGAUUAUCCGGACAAGACGUAGAAAGAGGUACAUUUUCGCAUAGACACCACGUUCUGCAUCAUCAAACUGUUGAUAAAGCGACUUACAGGCCUUUGUGCAACUUGUAUCCAGAUCAAGCUCCGUACACCGUCUGUAACAGUUCUCUAUCCGAAUACGGCGUGCUCGGCUUCGAAUUGGGAUAUUCGAUGACGAAUCCCAACGCUCUCGUCAUUUGGGAAGCCCAAUUCGGCGAUUUCUGCAACACGGCCCAAUGCAUUGUCGAUCAAAUGCUGUCGGCCGGUCAGGCCAAGUGGGUGCGACAGACCGGCCUGGUCAUGUACUUGCCGCACGGCAUGGAAGGCCAAGGUCCCGAACACUCGAGCGCUCGCUUGGAACGAUUCUUGCAAAUGUCCUCGGACGAUCCCGAUUACUUCCCGCCGGAGAGCGACGACUUCGCCGUGCGCCAGUUGCACGACAUCAAUUGGAUCGUGGCCAAUUGCACGACGCCCGCCAACUUGUUCCACAUACUCAGACGGCAGAUCGCGUUGCCGUUCAGAAAACCGUUGAUACUGAUGACGCCCAAGAGCCUGUUGCGUCACCCGGAGGCGAGGAGUUCCUUCGACGACAUGACCGACGGCACGGAGUUCAAGAGGGUCAUCCCCGACGCCGGACCGGCCGCACAGAAUCCGGACGGCGUUAAGAAGUUGUUGUUCUGCUCCGGUAAAGUGUACUUCGACGUCCGCAAGGCCAUCAAGGAGAGGGAUUUGGAAAGCAAGAUUGCCAUAUCUCGCGUUGAACAGCUUACUCCCUUCCCGUUCGAUCUGAUUAAACAAGAAUGCGCGAAAUAUCCCAACGCUGAAAUUGGUUGGUUACAAGAGGAGCACAAGAACCAAGGACCGUGGACGUACGUUCAACCGAGAUUCGAAACGACUUUGUCUGGUCAAAGAGCCGUCAGCGACGAAAGCGAGUCGAAAGGUUGGUUCGGUGGCUUUUUCGGAGGCAAAAAGACGAAACCUGAACCACCGCCAGAAAAUAGCGAAAAACCCGAUACGAGGGUUGUGAGCUACAUUGGUAGACCGUGCGCCGCAAGUACAGCAACAGGAAGCAAAAAUCAACACUUAAAGGAACUUGCGAGUUUAAUAGAAGAUGCUACUAGAAUUUAA